AUGCAAUUCCCAUCCGCUCUCAUUUUCGGCCUUUUGCUCCAAUCCGCUCUCGCUGAACCUAAACAGAAUACCGGGCGGCCAGGUGAAUGUCCACCCGGUCAAAUUCCUCGUGUUAAUGGCGAAUGCCCAACCGGUUCGUUUGGUGCUUCUGGUGGCACAUGCCCUGCUGGUACGGUGCCUCCUACAGAUGGCAUAUGCCCCGAUGGUCAUCAGCCUUGCAACCUAGAAGGAGGUCAUCUAUCGAAGCGAUAUGAAGGCAUGGACCAAAGCCUUGUUCGACGUGACGGUGGCAUAAUAGCGACUGUGGGGUGCCUUGUCGUUUCCACUUUGUGUUGUUUACUGUGUUGCUGCGGACGACCCAGAGGAGGGCAUAGUAACGAUGGAAGCCAUGGACGCAGUUAUCGCGCGGGAUAUCGCUCGGGAUAUACAGAUGGGUGCUUUACAUCCGAAAUCGCUUCUGAUUGUAUGUAG